AUGAGCCUGACUCCAGCUCCCGUCCCUAUGGUGGCUCCUGGCAGCACUACAGCCCAUCGCCCAACUAGCUCACGGGGCGCUGCUUCAGGAAGCUCGGUCUCUUCUUCCUGUUCUUCUGCGGCGGCAACUUCUGCAGGAGCCUCAACUGCAGCGGCAGUAGCAGCCACAGCGUCACUUGCCUCUACUUCCACGAGUACCCGCAAGAUUCAGCCUGGCGGGGGUCAACUGGCCAAUACGAAACAGGCAAGGUCUCAAGCACCUGGUCUAGAAUCGAAAAAAAUCUAUUGUUUUUCUUAUAUUUGUAUCUGA